CUGUCCGUGAAUAAGUCUCUGGCGUCCCAAAUUCCGUGUUUUCCUCACAGGCUCUAUUCCGCCCGCUGGUCCACCACCUCAGGGGAACGAUGGCCGCAGAGUCCACAGCCACUGCCGCCAUCGCCGGGGAGCUGAUUUCGGCCGACAAAAUUGAAGAUGAUGCUCCUGCUCCUUCUACCUCUGCAGAUAAAGUGGAGAGUCUGGAUGUGGAUAGUGAAGCAAAGAAACUACUGGGUUUAGGACAGAAACAUCUGGUGAUGGGGGAUAUUCCAGCAGCUGUCAAUGCAUUCCAGGAAGCAGCUAGUCUUUUAGGUAAGAAGUAUGGAGAGACUGCUAAUGAGUGUGGAGAAGCCUUCUUUUUCUAUGGGAAAUCACUUCUGGAGUUGGCAAGAAUGGAGAAUGGUGUGUUGGGAAAUGCUCUGGAAGGUGUGCAUGUGGAAGAGGAGGAAGGAGAAAAAACAGAAGACGAAUCGCUGGUGGAAAAUAAUGAUAACAUAGAUGAGGAAGCAAGGGAAGAGUUGAGAGAACAGGUUUAUGACGCCAUGGGAGAAAAAGAAGCCAAAAAAAUAGAAGACAAGUCUCUGGUAGAGCCUGAAACGGAGAAAGAACAGGAGACUGAAACGGAGAAGAGUGGAAGAGAAGAUAUGGAUGUAAGUGAGCCUGCAGAGGAACUACAGGAAAAAGUUGAAUCAACUCCAGAUCAGUUAACUGAAACCACUAAAGAAGCAAAAGCAGCAGCAGCACCAGAAGGACUAAAUGAAGCUGGGGUCACUUCUGGGAAGCCAGAACAGGAAGCACCAGAUGCUGAGGGAGGAAAAUCAGGUUCUGGAGCUGACAUCCAAGAAGAGGACACAGAAAAAGGAGGUCAAGAGAAGCAGGGAGAAAUAAUUGAGAACGUAGAGGAGGAGCCAAAAGAAGCUUCAGAGGAGCAGCCUAUUGUGACUCUAGAAAAGCAGUGCACUGCAGCGGAGGUAGAAGCAGAGCCUGUAGAUCCAAUAGCCAAGCCAGUGGAUGUGGGUGGGGAUGAGCCAAAGGAGCAGGUAGCUGCCUCUGAAAAUGAGCCAGGAAAGGCUGUUCUUGAGCAGCUGGUAGGGCAAGAAGUGCCUCCUGCUGAAGAGUCACCAGAGGUGACAACAGAGGCUGCAGAAGCUGGAUCAGAAGUCUCUGAGAAGCCUGGGCAGGAGGCCACAGUUCUCCCUAAGGAUGGUGCAGUCAAUGGACUGUCAGCUGCAGGAGAUCAGACUCCUGUUGAACCACAGACUAAUGCAGAAGGACCAAAAGAAACAAAAGAGGGCUCAGGACUAGAGGAGACAGUCAGGGUAGAGUUGCUUCCUAGCCAGGAGGAGACUAAGCUGUUUAUGCAAGAGUCUGAGGCAGCUGGAGAUGGGGUUGAGACCAAAGUAGCCCAGCGGGCUACUAAGAAAUCCCCUGAAGACAAAGUUAAGAUAGCUGCUAAGGAAGAAACACAGGAGAAAGAAGAACAGAUGAAAGAGGGUGAAGAAACCGAAGGCUCAGAAGAAGAGGAUAAAGAAAAUGACAAGGCUGAAGAAGAAACACCAAAUGAUUCAGUUCUUGAAAACAAGUCUCUUCAAGAAAAUGAAGAGGAGGAGAUUGGGAACCUAGAGCUUGCCUGGGAUAUGUUGGAUUUAGCAAAGAUCAUUUUUAAAAGGCAAGAAACAAAAGAAGCUCAGCUUUAUGCGGCACAGGCACAUCUUAAACUUGGAGAAGUUAGUGUUGAAUCUGAGAAUUAUGUCCAAGCUGUGGAGGAGUUCCAGGCUUGCCUAAACCUGCAAGAGCAGUACUUGGAAGCCCAUGACCGUCUUCUUGCCGAGACCCACUACCAGCUGGGCUUGGCCUAUGGGUACAACUCUCAGUAUGAUGAGGCAGUGGCACAGUUCAGCAAAUCUAUUGAAGUCAUUGAGAAGAGAAUGGCUGUACUAAAUGAGCAGAUGAAGGAGGCUGAAGGAUCACCUACCGAAUACCAGAAAGAGAUUGAGGAGCUGAAGGAACUGCUACCUGAAAUUAGAGAGAAGAUAGAAGAUGCAAAGGAGUCUCAGCAUAGUGGGAAUGUAGCUGAAUUGGCUCUGAAAGCAACUCUGGUGGAGAGCUCUACUUCAGGUUUCAUGCCAAGUGGAGGAGGCUCUUCAGUCUCCAUGAUUGCCAGUAGAAAGCCGACAGAUGGUGCUUCCUCAUCAAAUUGUGUGACUGAUAUUUCCCAUCUUGUCAGAAAGAAGAGGAAACCAGAGGAAGAGAGCCCCCGGAAAGAUGAUGCAAAGAAAGCCAAACAAGAGCCGGAAGUGAAUGGAGGCAGUGGGGAUGCUGUCUCCAGUGGAAAUGAAGUUUCGGAAAACAUGGAGGAGGAGGCUGAGAAUCAGGCUGAAAGCCAGGCAGCAGUGGAGGGGACAGUGGAGGCCGGAGCUACAGUGGAAAGCACUGCAUGUUAAGAGAGGGAGCAGAGCCUUCCUUCUGAGGGAAAGUGUUUUUGUAUAUAAUGUAUUUUUUCACUUUUGGGGAUUCUUUUUGUAUAACUUCAAUAAAGAUUGUAAGCAAAGGUUGAGGCUUUGAUGAUUUUUUUCUUAAAUUUUGGCUGAAUCUGUGCCUUGGAGCACUCUGGGUUUUAUAUAGUGGCCAAAGGUACUUUUUUUUCCCCUUUCUCUGUUGACCUCUGUGUUGGAAGUUCUAAUCCAAAUUCCUGUCUGUCUAAUGUGGAGGUGAUCAAGUCAAGUUUGGCUGUGGGCACAUUGUCUUCCAAUGGUGCUAUAGUUUUUCCAUUUUAAAUACUUGAUUGAACCCAGCCGUCUUGCAAACCUGCAGUGGUGCUGUCCCUGGAUGGGGGCUACAAAAAUAAGACUUGGUGAAGAUCUUGCUCUUUGGUGCUGAUACUGUUGAUGGACUUUGAUUGUGAGCUGGUAACAGUCUCUCAGGCAGGCCUUGGGUGGUACCCGUCUUUUAUCCACUUAGUUUCCAGCUUGGGCCAUAAUCCUGUCCUGGUAAAAGAGCUAAAGAAAGCUUCAGGGCGGGUGGUGAUCCUUGAGGAGAACUGGUUUGCGAAUUGUACAGAAUUGAGUUUUCUGGUUUGAAAGUGGCUAAAGGACUGACUGAUGGACACUUUGGAUGUGAUUGGAAGAAUAUGUGGGGAGGCUGGCUGGUUAAGUUAUAUUUGUUAUUUUCUGUACAGAAAGGUUGAAAUAUAUCAACGCUUGGAAUUGUUACCCAUCCCCAGUUUUGACUUCUCAAAUAAAGAUGCUAAUAAAAGGC